AUGCCCGCCUUUGCGCCAUGCCCACCCUUUGCGCCAUGCCCACCCUUGCGCCGUGCCUGCACCCCAUCCCCAUCUGUCGCCCAUUUGCCGCUUAUCCGUCGCCCAUGCGCCCAUGCGAACGUGCGCGUGCCGUGCAUCGCGCAGGACAUGGCGUUGCCGCGCGCCAUCUCAGCCGUGGAUCUGCUGCUGUCGCGCGGCUACACGGUGCACGUGUGCUGCUCCUCCGGCAACGACAAGGCGCCCCUCGUCGCCCUCGGGUACCUGACGCUGGUGCGCGGGCAGGCGGUGGACGGCGCGCUGGCGGCGCUGAAGGCGGUGCGCCCCUCCAUCAACCCCUACAUGCUGCCGUGGGAGAAGCUGAGGGACAGUCUGAGUGCGGGCGACAGCAAGCGCGUGCUGCAGCUGACGCAGGAGGAGUUUCGGCGGCGCCUGGCGGCCAAGGAGGGCGGCACGCACGCCAACGACUGGCAGGUGGCUCUAGCGCGCGUGGCUGCUGACCGCUUCCGCCACCGCCUUGCGGCUGACCACUCCCUCGUGCACCAGCUGUGCCAGGCAGCAGCAGAGGCAGCAGGAGGAGCAAGAGGAGGUCCCGGCAGCAGUGGAAGCAGCGAUGAAGUCAGAUCUCUCAAGCUGCUGUUGGAGGGCGCCAACUCACGGGUGCACACAGCGGACGCGGCGGCAGCAGCAGCAAAGGACCGCAUCGACUUCUUCUUCCGCCAGGUCACGGCACUCAAGGCGCGCGAGGAGGCCGCACGCAAGCAGGCGCGCAUGGCGGAGCGCCGCGUGGAGGCGCUGCUGCGCGAGCUGGACGAGCAGCGCCGCCGCGUGGCUGAGGACGCCGACCGGCAGGCCGAGGAGCGGCGCCGCGACGUGCAGGCUGGGCGCGUGCAGGCGCUGACGGCAGAAGAGGCGGGGGAGCUGGUGGGGCGCGUGGUGGAGCUGGAGGGGCUGUUGUCUCAGACACGCGCUGCCCUGCAGGCGGCCACGGACCGCAACGAGUUCUUCCUGCGGCAGCUCAGCGCCAUCCGUGAGAGCGAGAAGAAGUCGCGCACGUCCGCGCGCGCGGCGGACCGGCGGUACUUUGCGAUCCUGCGGCGCGUGGAGGAGCUGGGGCGCAAGGAGGCAAGCGCGAAGCAGGUGGCGGAGGAGGCGCAGCGGCGGUACGAGAGCAUGGCGACAGAGCUGCAGGGGCUGGGGUCGGUGGGCGACAUCAAGGAGCGACUGGAGGAGCUCAACAGCAAGGUGGCGGAGCUCAAACGCAAGGAGGCGCAGGCCGAGGCCGCCACUCGCGCCGCGCUGGAGCGAGUGGCCGUGCUGUCGGAGCAGCUGGAGGAGGCGGCAGCACGCGAGGCCGAGAUACGGGACAGCGAGAGGACGGCGCGCGAGCGGGCGGACGCACUGGAGGUGCGUGUGGACGCGCUGGUGAACGACCUUCAGGCCGCCAAGGCGGCAGCAGCGACAGCGGAGCGGUCGGUGGGGGAGAUAUCCAAGGAGGUGGCGAAGCUGAGGGAGCGCGAGGCAGCGGCGGACGAGGCGAUCCGGCGGUACGAGGCGGUGAGCGGGCAGCUGGGGGCGCUGCAGGCGCGGGACGCGGGCACGCGGCAGGAGAUCGACGCGGCAAACCGGCGCAUCGGACUGCUGUCGGAGCAGAUCGUGAACCUGACCCGGCGCGAGACGGAGCUGCAGGAGGCGCUGCAGACGGCCAACGACCACAUCUCGUUCCUCUCCACCCGCGUGUCGGAGCUGAUCGAGCGCGAGGAGGAGGCCCAGGCGCUGGCGCAGCGGGCAGACGCGCGCGUGGCGGAGCUGCACAGCGAGGUGGCGGCCGUGCAGCAGCGCGAGGCCGUGGCGGUGAGAGAGGCGGAGGCGGCGAGUCGCAAGCUGGCGCUGGUGGAGGAGAGCGAGGCGGCGGCCGUGGAGGCGGCGAUGCGGGCCAAUGCACGCGUGGAGGAGCUGUUCCGACAGGUGGAGGACGUGGAGCAGCGCGAGGCUGCUGCCAAGGCCGCUGCCAAGGCCGCGUAUGAGCGGCUGGCUGAGAUGAGCGAGCGGCUGGCGGCGGCGGAGGAGAGGAGUGCUGCGGCGGAGAGAGGCAGAGGGGGGGCUGGGCAGAGGGACAGUGCAGCGCCGUGGGAUGCUGCGGUGGUGUUUGACUCUCGCACUGCCGAACCCGUGCCCGUGCGGCCAUCGCCCUCAUCAACCUCAUCCGUGAACGGCACGGCCCUGCCGCCCUCCUCCUUCAUCGCCCAGCAGCUCUCCCCACCCGCUAACGCCCCCGCCUCGCCCCCGCAAACGCCUCAAGAGCGGGAGGAGCAGAGGCGCGUGGAGAAGGAGGUGGAGGAGACGCGGAGGGCGCUGGGGGCGACGGUGGACGAGUGUGUGGGGCUGUUCCUGGGGCAGGUGGCGGCGCUGCGUGAGCGCGAGCAGGCGUCCAAGCAGGCCUUGGCGGCGGCCAACCAGCGCAUAGAGGAGCUCAGCACGCAGGUGGCACUGCUGGCUGCCCGUGAGGAUGCCGCCAACGCCGAGGCCGAGGCGUUUGCUGGGCAGGUGGGCAAAGGGUUUUUGGAAGCAGGAUGGGGGGGGAGUGGAUGGGAGGGCGUGUGGUUUUGUUGUAACAGAAAGAGGGGAGAAGUGCAUUUAUGGAUGUUGAAAGGCGUGCGUGCAGCCACCCUCCCUUACUUCUCGUCCCUUGUGCAUUCUAGAACGUUCCUCGUUCCUUCCUGCUGUGCCCUCCCUGCGGUGUGUGUGGUGUGCGCGCAGGUGACGGGGUUGGUGAUGCGCAUAGCGGAUUUGAACGAGGAGCUGGAGGCGGCGGAGAGGAGGGAGGCGGAGCUGGCGGACGCCCUCACUGCUGGCGGGUCGGGAGGCGGACUGCCAGGCCUGCUCAAGCAGGACCCGCAGAAGCUGAUAGCAGAGCUGGAGGCGGCGCGGCGGCGGGCGGAUGAGCUGGCAGCGGAGGUGGAGGAGGCACGGCGCACAGCGGAGGACAUCAGUGAGAGCAUCUUCAACGCGCGCAAGAAGUCCCUUCAGGAACAGCAGCAACGGGAGGAGCUGGUGGCGGAGGUGCUGUCACUGAAGGAGGCAAUGGAGGCGAUGAGGGAGCGGGACGAGGCCAUUGCCGUGUGGAAGCAGCAGCUUGCAGAGCAAGCAGAGUACCUCGACUCGCUCAUGGCGGAGGGGCAGGUGGACCAAUCACAGAGGGACAUGUUGCGGGCGGCAGUGAGGGAGAUUCAGUUAGGAUCUGGUGACCAGGCAUUCUCUGCUGUGUGA